AUGUCCAUGUUUUAUAUUGGUGAGGAUAAACCAAAAUCCGUUGGAGGCAUAGACUCGGAUGUUUUGGACAGCUUGGACGAUGCACUUCCUGGAGUGGUGGGAUCCUCCCAAGACAUUGUCAUUAAACAAAAGUUUGAUAUCAUGAGGCAAGCUGCUGAGAGAACCACCAGACAAAACAGCAGCAGAGGAAUGAACAUGAUUCAAUCAUCAAGACCCAUCAGUUCUCGCGGCUACUCGAGAGCAAGUAGUGUGAGAUCGCCACCAACAACUCAAACAUCCUCAACUCCUCCUCUCGCAGGAUACAACUCUUCAAAUUCCCUCAAUAAUAAUAACGACUCGAGUCGAUUGUCUGAAGAUGUAGAUGAUUUGGACGAUAUCAGCAGCUCUCAAAUGAAUCGACGCCCCACAUCAUCCUCAUCCUUGUCAAGACCAUCCAGUGCUAAUUCAAAUCCAACCGCCCUCGAGAAAGAUUUGAUGGAUAGAGGUAUCACUCCAACAUUUAAUCCGCUACAAGAACGAAGAGAACGAGAUGAAAGAGCUCCAAAAAUGCAAGAAGAGAAAGUACCUGUAAAACCGUCACCAAAUACUGAAAAAGGAGAAGAGGAUGAUUUUGAAAGUGUGGCUGGCUUAAAUAUUCGAGAUGUGAGAUCGUUCGUUGUCAAACCACCUCCAAAUCGUGAUCAAUGGGUCCGAUGCUACAUUCUUAGAGAUACAUCUAAAAUGAACAAGAUGUUCCCCAGAUAUUUCAUGUAUGCUGAAAGAGGAAGCACAUUCCUUCUCUCUGCAAAGAAGAGAAAGGGUAACAAGUCCUCCAAUUAUUGUGUUUCUCUCAGUAAGGAAGAUAUUAGUCGAAGUAGUGAUUCCUUCAUUGGAAAGUUGAGAAGUAACUUCCUUGGAACGGAAUUCCAAUUGUAUGACAAUGGAGAAAAAGCAUCCAAGUUGAAGCCAGGAACACACUUAAGAAAUCAUCUUGCCUCCAUUGUGUAUGAAACCAAUUUGUUUGGAAGUAAGGGUCCAAGAAAAUUCACAGUAGUCAUUCCCGACGCCAACGAGGAGAAUGAAUUAUAUCAAUUUCCAGACAAUGGAACGUCACUCAUUACGAAAUUCAAGACUGGAGACUGGCAUCACUUGAAAGUGUUAAAGAACAAAUUCCCUGUGUGGAAUGAAAGAUUGAAGGCAUAUGUUCUGAACUUCAAUGGUAGAGUCACAAUGGCCUCAGUGAAAAACUUCCAGCUCGUGGAGCCUAACAAUCCAAACAAAGUCUUCCUUCAAUUUGGUAAAGUUGAUGAAGACCGUUUCAAUAUUGAUUUCAAAUAUCCACUUUCAGCCUUGCAAGCUUUCUCGAUAGCUAUUUCUUCCUUUGACUCUAAGCUUGCUUGUGAGUAA